UUACAGAUCAACAGAAGAGAUUCUUGGGUCCUAGAGACCAAAGAAAGAAUCAGCAGGAAUGCCCAGGGUGAAUGAUGGAUUGCAGAGCCUGGCUGAACUCAACAAAAAUCCAGUGGGAGGCUUUUCAGCAGGUUUAAUAGACGACAAUGAUCUCUAUCGUUGGGAAGCCCUUAUUAUUGGUCCUCCAGAUACACUUUAUGAAGGUGGUGUUUUUAAGGCUUAUCUCAUUUUCCCAAAAGAUUAUCCCCUCCGGCCUCCUAAAAUGAAAUUCAUUACAGAUAUUUGGCCCCCAAAUGGCAAGCUUCCUCUGAUUUGGAACAAAAUAAAAACAGGCUGGUCUUCCCUUGUACCUGACACAGGCAAAUUGAGCUGGCCCAGACAGCAGAGCUCUGUAAGGCAUGUUGAUAUUGAUUGCUUCUUUUUCUCAGGGGCUAUAAGAAAUAUAACAGAUCUCAAAGGAAAAACAGUGGCUCUGUCAGCAACUAUGGCACAGGAAGGUCACCUUUUCAUCGUGGUGCUAACAUCCAACUGGAGUGGCAGUAUUACCAAAAUAAAAUCCUGAAAGGAGAAGCAGAUCAUGCUGACCCAGAAAGUGGAGAUUUGAUUGCUGAGAUUAAAGGCUUGAGCCACCAUGAUUAUCUGUAAUAAAGUGAGGUGUUAGAGCCUGUGGCCUAGUGAAGUGAACAUCGGGGCUGGGCGAGUAUGGACUCAGAGAUGACCAACUCUGUGUGUGUGUGUUCUUCAGUCUCAGGUUCCUUUUGUUAUUUGACCUCUAUACAAUAGGGUCUGAUUACAGGUUACUCUUUACAGGACCGGUGGGUGUAGGUCUGGCCUUAGAGAUAACAAACUCAGAUCAGGAGAUUUACAUUUGAGUUAAUACAAAGCUCAGAGCUGCCUCAAAGCUGCUCAAAGCUGCAGAGGCUUGAGAGAUGCAGUUUUGUCUUGCAGGCCUCACUUAGAGAGUUUCUGGCCAAAAGAACAUUUUUAACAGAUCCAUACAGAUGUGGUUCAAAAUGAAGUUCAAACUUAGAUCUAAAAUUUUGGCCUGCCUACUACAUACAAAAUUAUUAUAGAUUUAAGAUUUUCAUUAGAAGGUUAUUCCUCAAGAAAUGGCUUGCUCUUAACAUUGGGCGUUUAAAUUUUUUAAGAAAAUGAUUUUCAAAAGGUGUUAAGAUAAAUAUUUUGCCUAAGACACUGCUUUAAGUUCGUCAUUUAAGCUUCUGAUGUCCUCAAGAUAGAUGCAAAACAAAUACUGAGAGACAUAACUUGGAGAAAGCUACCAUAAGUAUUUGUCAACAGUUGAUGAUAUAUGUUCACUUCCAUUCCUUAACAAAGAGAACAUUAAUAUAAAAUCUCUCCAAAUAAGGUUUUGACAUCCUCCAAUAAAGAUUUGAUAUAAUAAUAAAAAGUUACAAAAUAAAAUCAUAAAAAUAUUUUUUAAAAAAAGAAUGUUUUAAGAGCAUGAUAAAAUGUUUGUUCCUUAUUUUAAACAGCAAUCAAAUUGAUUAUUAUUAAUCAUUAAUCUAUUACAUGACAAGACUUUUUGACAAAAUUAAUAAUUGUUAUCUAAAAGAUAAAUUGUUAAAAAUUUGCCUCUAUACAUGUUUUUAUAUUGUUAUAGAUUUAUACAUGCAUCCUAUAAAAAUGCAUCUACUAUGGGAGUAAAGCUCAUAUAAUUAGAUCACAUGUUUAUUCUUUUGAGUGUCCCCUUGAACUGGGUGCUGUAGCUGUUCUUUUAAAAUGUUAAAAAUCAAACUUUUGAUUUUUUUUGUUUUUUGUUUUUUUGGGGAGGAAAGGUUUUAUUCAGCUUACACUUCCACAUUGCUGUUCAUUACCAAAUGAGUCAAGACAAGAGUCCAAAUAGGACAGGAUUUAUUUUUAAAUUCGGUAUAUUCUUUAUUUACAUUUCAAAUGAUUUCACCUUUUCUGGCUCCCCACUCCGGAAAGUCCCGUAAGCCCUCUUCCCUCCACCCCUGAUCCUUCAUCUACUCCUUCCCAUUUCCCUGUUCUGGUAUUCCCCUAUACUGCUGCACUGAGCCUUUCCAGGGCCACUCCUUCCUUCUUCUUGGACAUCAUUUGAUAUGUGGAUUAUGUCUUGGGUAUUCAAAAUUUCUAGGCUAAUAAUCCACUUAUCAGCGAGUACAUACCAUGAUUGAUCUUUGGAGACUGGGUUACCUCUCUUAGUAUGAUGUUCUCCAGCUCCAUCCAUUUGUCUAAGAAUUGCAUGAAUUCCCGUAAGCCCCCUUCUCUUCCCCUGUCCUCCCACCCACCCCUUCCCACUUCCCCAUUCUGGUUUUGCCGAAUACUGCUUCACUGAGUCUUUCCAGAACAAGGGGCCACUCCUCCUUUCUUCUUGUACCUCAUUUGAUGUGUGGAUUAUGUUUUGGGUAUUCCAGUUUUCUAGGUUAAUAUCCACUUAUUAGUGAGUGCGUACCAUGAUUCACCUUUUGAGUCUGGGUUACCUCACUUAGUAUGAUGUUCUCUAGCUCCAUCCAUUUGCCUAAGAAUUUCAUGAAUUCAUUGUUUCUAAUGGCUGAAUAGUACUCCAUUGUGUAGAUAUACCACAUUUUUUGCAUCCACUCUUCUGUUGAGGGAUACCUGGGUUCUUUCCAGCAUCUGGCAAUUAUAAAUAGGACUGCUAUGAACAUAGUAGAGCAUGUAUCCUUAUUACAUGGUGGGGAAUCCUCUGGGUAUAUGCUCAGGAGUGGUAUAGCAGGAUCUUCUGGAAGUGAGAUGCCCAGUUUUCAGAGGAACCGCCAGACUGAUUUCCAGAGUGGCUGUACCAAUUUGCAACCCCACCAGCAGUGGAGGAGUGUUCCUCUUUCUCCACACCCUCUCCAACUGGGAGUGGGGGGCUAGAAAAGGGGAAAUCAUUUGAAAUGUAAAGAAAU